AUGCCGCCAAAGAAGAAAGAAGUGGAGGAAGAACCUCUCGGCCCGUGGUCGUUGGGUCGUUUUUCGAGCAACUUGAAAGUCGGCAUCGUCGGCAUGCCGAACGUCGGGAAAUCGACCUUGUAUAACGCGUUGACGAACUGCGCGAUUCCGGCGGAAAAUUUCCCGUUUUGCACCAUCGACCCGAACAACACGCGCGUGAACGUCCCGGACGAACGCUUCGAUUGGUUGGUGAACACGCACAAACCUAAAUCUGUGGUGCAGCCGUAUUUAGAGGUGGUAGAUAUCGCGGGUUUAGUGAAAGGCGCGGCGGAUGGUGCCGGUCUCGGGAACGCAUUUUUGAGUCACAUUAAAGCGACGGAUGGGGUGAUUCACUGUUUGCGAGCGUUUGACGACGCGGAUGUGAUUCACGUGGAAGAUCGCGUUGAUCCGGUGGAGGAUAUCGAAAUUAUUACGAACGAGUUACGAGUGAAAGAUUUAGAGUUUAUGAAUAACGCGAAAGCAAAGUUGGAUAAAGAUAGACCGACGGCGCCCGCGGCGAAGAAGGAGAAGGAGAACGAGAUGAGCACGAUUGACAAAGUGAUCGAAUGUUUGGAGAGUGGGAAGGACGUGAGGAAUAACAUGGAGAACUGGACGACCAACGACGUGAUGUAUUUGAACAAGUACGGGUUGUUGACGUCGAAACCGGCGAUGUAUUUGGUGAAUUUGAGCAGAAAUGAUUUCCAAAGGAAGAAGAAUAAAUGGUUGGUGAAAAUCCACGAGUGGAUCCAAGCGCACGGCGGCGGGUCGUUGAUUCCGUUUUGCGGCGAAGUCGAGGCGGAAUUGCAAGCCGUGGAAGGCGAAGAGGAGAAGGAGAAGUGGUUGAAAGAGAACGAGUUGACGACGUCGUUGCCGAAGAUUAUUAAGACGGCGUUUUCGAUGGUGCAUUUGAUUUAUUUCUUCACGGCUGGACCGGACGAGGUGAAAGCGUGGUGCAUUCGUAAAGGAUACAAAGCGCCGCAAGCGGCUGGGGCUAUUCACACCGAUUUCGAGAGAGGGUUUAUUUGCGCCGAAGUUAUGAGUUUUGACGAUUUGAAGAGCAUGGGUACAGAGCAAGAGGUGAAAGCGAAAGGGAGGUAUAGACAGGAAGGGAAAGGGUACACGGUGGAAGACGGGGACGUGAUUUUCUUCAAGUUCAACGUGAGCGGAGCGAAAGGUAAGAAGUAA